AUGCCGAAGCGCAAGGCCCCGACAAAGAUCUCUGGCCUCGUUGACUCAGACGAUGAAGAUAUAAUGCAAAUAACUGGGGGCGAACCGCUGCCUCAGGAACCGCGCGAGGAGCCUCCUGCAAAAAAGCGAAGAGGUCGACCGCGCUCCUCAAAAGACCACGACGCCGAGACCAAGACGAUGGCUCAAUCGAAGAGAGAAGAGCCUGCGCCUGCACUUCAAGAAAAAGCACCUCCAGCGAAGAAAGCCGGCCGACGAGGAAGGCCUCCUGGUAGCAGUCGCAAUUCCGCCGUUGCGCGCGAAUCCGUGGCUCCAGAGCCUGUCGCGGCUGAGGAGCCACAGGGAAAAGAAAACGAGGAGUCUCCUAGCGCUACUGAGGCGAAGCCUACACGGACAACCAGAACUGGCCGGGCUGCUGGGACGCGUGGGCGAGGGCGAGGUCGUGCGGCUAGUUCUGCGAGGCCGUCGGUGACGGAUGGCGAUUUCCAGUAUACACCGACUCGCGCACAAAAACCACAACCCAAGCCGCAAGCUGCCGAGACGCACGAAAGUGAGGCUCCAGAUGAGGCGCCUGAAGUAGAGGAAUCGAUCCUUCCAGACCCUCAGCCAUUUACAACGUAUGCACAGUCAUCGGUUGUGAAGAACGCGAAGGCUCGCGUUUCUGCGCUGCGAGGCAGUCAAGAUGCUUCUCCGCGCAAACGCAAGUCAGGCGUUUAUGCUGAACCAAGUGGAGAUCCAGAGCUGAGACGUCGCAUUGGCGAGCUGACAAAGAAGAACGAUACGCUGGAGGCGAGGUAUCGCGAUCUCAAAGAGAUUGGGGUGGAGGAGGCGAAGGCGAAUAUGGAGAAGCUGCGGAAGCAAUGUAAUAGUAUCACUACAGCUUCGGACAACCUCGUCUCCAGCCUCAAAUCCGAAAUCGCUGAGCAGAGAGCACUGGCACAAAAGAGCCGGGAACUACAGAAACAACUCAAGGAACGUGACGCUGAAGUGGCUCGACUCAAGAUCCAGGCUGAGGAAAGCGAUGGAAAGUUCUCCUCUGCGCAAUCGGAGAUCAAGACUCUCCAGACCAAGCUUGCGGCAGCCCGUAACACGGCCGCUAGCCUCGAAACUGCAGCCAAAGCACCCGGCAGCGCCAUCAAGGGAGCUGCCGCCAGCCGAGCCGCUGCCGCCGUCACCGCCGAGGCAGCUCAAUCCGCACACCUCGCACAACUGAAGGAAGAUUUGUAUAGCGACCUUACGGGCCUGAUCAUCCGUAAUGUACAAACACGAGAAGACGAUCACUUGUAUGAUUGUAUUCAGACCGGAGUUAACGGAACACUUCAUUUCAAAUUGGCUAUCCCCAAGUCAUCUAGUAGUGAUUAUGAGAAGGACCUCUACGAGUAUAUACCGCUUGUGGACGCCAACCGUGAUCGCGAUCUGGUGAAUAUCUUGCCGGGCUACUUAAUGGAUCACAUCACCUUUGAGCGACGGGCUGUGACCAAGUUCUAUACGCGUGUGAUUGAUGCUCUGACAAAACGGCGGUCUAGCUCUUCAUAG